UGAUCAUAAGUAUUCUGUGCAUGAAUACUGUACAAAAAUACAAAAAUCAUAAGAAAUUCUAAAAAUCAACUGAAGUUAUCGAUGCGAAUUAAAAUGCGACGGCAAGUCGAUUGCGCAACUCAAUCUCCGCCGUCAUCACCUCCAGCAAUGCUCCUGUUCCUCCUCCUGCUCCUGUUGCAGGAGCUUCAAGCGGAGAUCGCGCGUACAUCGGUCGGUGGAAAUCGUCUAAUCGCUACCGAGUCCUCCUCUCCCUCAGCACGUUGCGCCCAACACCAGCACAAGUAUCGUAAUAUGGUGCGGACCAUAGACGAUGUGGAGGACUUGGAUCUGGAUGUGCCCGUGCACAUCGCACUGGAUCAGCGGCAGAAGAAACGAUUUGUGCUGCAAUUAAACAAGUCAACGCCGCUGACAAUUCAAUUCUCGGAGCACGUGGCUCGCAAAAUGUACUACAACCAGACAGCCAACAUCUUGAAGCCGGCAGCGGCGAUGGCUGCAGGAGCUGCUGCUAAGCCUGGGCUCGGAUCUGCAGCUGCAACUAGAGGUGGAGAGCGGGCUUCUUUGCAUAGCUUGGUGUUGCCCUGUGCCUUGCGCGGCCAAUACGAUUUAUUUGUGCAGGCCCGUCAGCGCGGAUCGCUCAAGAUUGAAGCGCAUGCCUCGCAUCCUCAUCAGAGUUGGCCACUACUCAAUCGGACACAUCGCAUUAGUAUUAAGACUCAGAACCGCGUGCGAAAGCGGCAGCUUAUUGUCAAAUGGCAACACAGCAAAUUGGAUUACCAUGCCAUGCAUUACUGUCUGGUAGUGGUCAGCAAUCCGGGUCAACGUGUAGGAGCCGGAAAUGCUCCUUUAUUUGCUAACUUUUGUGAGGCAGCUUACGCCUACGCUCUCCAGCAGAAACAAAAAUCAACAAUGCACUGUGCAAGCAAUCUGGUGGAUCUUGUGUGGGCACGCCAGGCAGACCGUGCUCGUCGUCUAGAUGAGCGGCAGAGUCUGCAUAUCGUUUGUACGGGCUCACGCACCAACCUGCUGUUGCGUGGACUGCAACCUAAUACCAGCUAUCGGUUGGAUGUCUACGGGGUGCAUCAGCGCCGGCAGAAUCUUACCUUCCAUCUGGCCCACACUAUGGUACACUUUAAUAGGACGCAUCCCAUAGCGCUGCGGCCGCAGUCACUCUCACAGCUCAAGAUCGGGGGAAUGCAUGGUGUGCAAGUUUAUAGUUAUAAGGUGCCGCCAGGCACCAGCUAUGUAAGGUACUUGCUCCUACCCUGCUCGGGGAGUGAGAUCAAAGUGAAGAUGCUGCGCCAGCGUCGACUUGUUCACGAAGUGGACAACAUCUAUAGACCCACCUACAUCAAGCUGGAGAGCGUACAGCCGGGCGAACGUUAUCUAAUGCGGUUUGAGCCAAGCAAUGUAGACGAGGAGUUACGGGCGCAGAAAGUACGCUUGGCAGUGAGUAGCAGCGGACAGUUUCGGGACUUGCCAGAGCUUCCCCAAAAUAUCACGGUGUACGACGUGCGCACGCGGUGCACGAGCAGCGUCAUCGCCUGGCACGGAUCACCGGAUCAGCGUACACUAAGCUACUGUAUCAUCGUGCUUAAUCUGCCGCAGCGCAAUAGGAGCUUUGUGGAUUACUCCAACUAUUGCAUGGACUUCGGUGCUCAGAGGGUGCAGAAUCUAAGCGAUUUCCAGUAUAUGAAAUGUCGCGGAAAACAGCAGAACACGAGUGACCAACUAGAAACGGAAACCAUACUCAGCCUCACGCCAGGCGCCAGCUAUCUGAUCUAUGUCACCGCAAAUCUGAGUAUAGGGAAGCCCCUUCCCUACCAAACGCUCACCGUCCACAUGGCCAGUCAGUGCGCGAGUAUCGUGGAUGCCAGCUACGACUCCCUCGAACAGCUGGCGUAUUACUAGGCGUAUGCGCGUUGCAACUUAAACUACUCCGUCGUCUUAAAGCUACCUAUAACAGAACUAA